AUGGCCCAGCAGCAGUCACAGCUUAUUGUCGACCCGGACGCUCUUCCGGCUGAGGGAGAAGAAGUUAGAAGCCAGGCAGAAUCUCGAGAAGAUGCAAACCUCUUGAAAUCAAUGGGCUAUAAGCCUGUCCUCCAUAGGACUUACACACUCCUUGAGAACUUUUCGACGACGUUCGCUGCUCUCUACUUCGUCGGUGGCGUGCGCGUCACAUAUAGUACUGGUAUCGCAGCAGGUGGUAACUUGGCUUAUUGGACGAGUUAUCUGGUCACCUUGGUUUUUACCUACAUCACCGCUGCUGUCAUCGCGGAAGUAUGCUCUGCCUCCCCGUCCGCGGGUUCCAUCUACUUGUGGGCCGCGGAAGCUGGUGGCCCUCGUUUUGGAAGAUUACUUGGUUUCGUAGUUGCUUGGUGGAGUACUACUGCCUGGACUACCUUCUGUGCUAGCAACACUCAGGCUGCUGCCAACUACAUGCUAGCGGAAUUGACGGUAUUCGACUGUGAUUUCCCAAAAGAUACCUACAGUGUCAAGUUCCGCGCCGUUCAGUGGAUCUGCACAGAGGUGCUGUUAGCAUUGGCCGCACUCCUAAAUUAUUUGCCGCCUAGGUACUUCAGGUGGGUAUUCUAUUUUUCCUCCCUGAUCGUCAUGCUGGAUUUCUUCCUCAAUGUCAUCUGGCUGCCAAUUGGCGCUGCCAACACCUGGGGAUUCCGUACAGCCGAAGAAGCUUUCAUGUCCACCUACAAUGCCACGGGUGCCCCUCCGGCGUGGAACUGGUGUCUUUCCUACCUUGCCACUGCAGGUAUCUUGAUCGGUUUCGAUGCCUCAGGUCACGUUGCGGAAGAGACCAAAAAUGCUUCCGUGACAGCAGCCCGCGGUAUUUUCUGGAGUACUGUCGUUAGUGGAAUCGGUGGACUGGCAACUAUCAUUCUGUUCCUCUUCUGUGCACCCGACAACGACACCCUAAUGUCAUUCGGUUCUCCCCAGCCAUUCGUCCCUCUUUACGCCGUCGUCCUCGGCAAGGGCGGUCAUGUCUUCAUGAACGUCAUCUGCGUCGUUGCCUUAUGGCUUAACACAGCAAUUGCCAUCGUCGCCGCCUCCCGUCUCGUCUUCGCCGUCGCUCGCGACGGAGUCCUCCCAUUCUCCGGCUGGGUCUCCAAAGUCCACAACGGCCAGCCCCGCAACGCCGUCAUCGUCGUCUGGGGAGUCGCCGCACUCAUCAGCUGCACUCUCCUCCCCUCCGACGUAGCCUUCACCUCUCUCGUCUCCGCCGCCGGCGUUCCCAGCGCCGCCGCAUACGGACUCAUCUGCCUGGGCCGACUCUUCUGCACUCCAAAACGAUUCCCCAAACCCCAAUGGAGUCUGGGUCGCCUCAGCAAACCAUUCCAAUUCAUCGGUGUCUUCUGGAACGCCUGGGUAGUAGCCGUGCUAUUCUCCCCAUACGAAUUCCCCGUCACUGGCGCCAACCUAAACUACGCCCCAAUCAUCAUGGCCGCCGUGACCAUCUUCGCCCUAAUUUCCUACUUCGUCAUGCCCGAAAGCGCGUGGUUACCUAUCGACCGCAUCUCGCACUUCAUCGAUAGUAAAGGUGCAGUGAGCGAAUCCGUCGAGGAAGUCGAGCCCCAUCAUCACCCGGAGACGUCCUCUUCGGGGAGAGAAGAAAUUGAGGCCAGUGUCUCGCAGUAA